AGACUUGGAUCUGCCGCUCAUCAGCGCGGGGGAUAUCCAGCUAACGAGGAAUAUUAAGAAGUUCGCGAUCCAUUUAACCUCCUCUUCCCCCCUACCCUCCAGUCUCUCCCAGCAUGAACACCAGCUCACUCACCAACUGCAGCCUAAGCCUCGACUCACUACAAUCAUUCAAAAACCUAACCAUCCACUCGCGCGUCGACUUCCCCUGCGCGGGAUCCAACAAGACCCUUAUCGAACACACACACUACCUCGACAAGACAAACUCGACAUUUCUUUGCACGUCCGUCCCCGACGAUUCUGGGCUGAGUACAGGCGCGAAGAUCGCCAUUGGAGUUGCUGUUCCGGUUGGCGUUAUCCUGCUCGUUGUUGUGGGGCUCUUCGUGUGGAAGCGUGGCCAGGCUGCAAAGAGGAGGAGUACAGGUGUUGCUAUGGUUGAGACGAGUGCGGGUGGGAGCGCGAGGGGUGAGACGCCGCCGCCGGCGUAUGAGGGGCCUAGGCUAGGAGAGGUGAGGAAUUGAUAGGGAAGAGCUCGGGUGAGCUUGGGAAGGGGGCGUGGAGGGGGUUACGUUGAAAC